GACUCUACUUGGGAUUCACCAUCUAUUGCUCCUUAUUCGUAUCGCAAGACUAUUUCCAUUCUUAAGUGUCCUGGUAAAUGAGACAGGUUUCAGGCAUCCAACACCAUUCGUUCAUUUCUCUCCUUUCCAACCUUGGAGAAGUACUAAUCACUGGACUAUCACUCUUUUAACCUGUUCACAAGCAUUUAAGAGGUCAUCAUGUCUUAUCUCCAGCAACAAAUCAAUAACUUCAAUUCCAGCGUCGUCUCAUCCGCGGGACGCCUACCACAACAGAAGCGCAUCAUCGGCAACAGCCAGCCUCCUACAUCCAACCCAGGCACCCCAGGCCCAGCACGCCGCCAUGAGCCAGCAAACGUCGUAUACUCGCAACCUGCUGAUACCGGUACGGGCAAGGAUAUCAUGACUAAUGUUCUUUAUGCGAUUCAAAAAAUGAAAGAGAAGAAUGCACCGCUCACUUUCGAGGAUAUCGUUGGGUAUUUGUCUUUACAAGAUCGACGGCACGAUCAAGGCUACGUUCAUGCACUACGAAGCAUUCUUCAAGUCCACGACAAAGUGAAUUAUGAUCCAACAGGAGCCGAUGGAAAGGGCACAUUCAGUUUCCGACCUCCACACAAUAUCCGCUCGGAGGAGCAGCUACUACAAAAGCUCCAGUCGCAGACGACAAUGACGGGAAUACUAGUCAAGGAUCUGAAAGAAGGUUGGCCCGGUGUUGAACAAAUCAUCGAUAAACUCGAAAGAGACGGGAAACUUCUCGUCACUCGAAAUAAAAAAGAUAAUCACCCGAAAAUGGUCUGGGCCAACGAUCCAUCUCUUAUGCAUAAGUUUGAUGAUGAGUUUCGGCAAAUAUGGGAAAAGACCAAAAUACCGGACCAUCAGCAAGUUAUCGAAGAAUUGGAAAAAGCCGGCAUGAUACCUACGAAUAAGAACAAGGUGGUGAAGCCACGUCCCAAGGUUGAGCAGAAGAAGACGAAGAAACCUCGACGAACUGGAAAGACUACAAACACCCAUAUGAUGGGUAUCCUCCGUGACUACUCCCAUUUGAAGCGUUGAGAGUUUGUCUGCUGUAUUGCUUUUGGUUUGCAUUGCAUCGGCGUUUGAUUAUUUUUUAACCAUUUAAGCAACAUCUAACUAUCGGGCGGCCUGCAUGUGGGAUUUACAAAAGUUGCAUGUAUGAUCAUUUAUUUACCAAGUCCCUUGAGGAGGACGAAGAAAAACGAAAAUGAUACCCUAGAAUGGAGAAAAUGUAUAAUAGAGCUUAGAUUGUCUGGUGCAAAUAUAGAGUUUCUUUCUUUUCUGUGCUCGUUCUAACCUCUAUCCAAAAAGAAAGGGGAAAAGGAGAUGGUAAGUAUUAUACACGAUAUGAAGAAGUAAUCUAUGCUUUUCGUGUCAGGACGAGAAAGAACCCAAUCUCAAUCAAGCCUUCCCAUUAACAAAAUCAAACCUCCUAUUCGGAUCCAACUUGUCGAGAUACGCAACCAUAUCCUCAAUCGUCGUAACCUUCAAUCCAAACCUCUUCCCAAAUUUCAGACAGGCAUCCCUCCUCAUCAUGCCAUUAUUUCCCUUAACCUCAGCCACACCUUCAACGAUGUCACCUUCCUCAACUAGCUCACCAAUAACGCCCGCCAGACUCCGACCGGCCAACCGACACAGAUCAAUUGCAGCCUCCGUAUGACCUCGUCGUUCCCGAACGCCACCUUCCCUGGCGCGGAGGGGUAGUAUAUGACCCGGUCGUCGGAAGUUCUCUGAUUUAAUGUUUGGGUCUGCUAGUUGUCGACAUGUCAAUGCACGAUCGUGUGCGGAUAUUCCGGUUGUUACGGAAGGGUCGUUGGAGUCAAUGGAUAUAGUGUAUGCUGUGAUGAGGGGGUCGGCGUUGUUGAUAACCAUUUGUGGGAGGAGGAGUUUGUCGGCGUGCGAGGGGAGAAUUGGAGCGCAGACGUAGCCG